CAGCUGCGACGGACAGCCGGAUAAACAAGGGCGCCCCGACACGGAACGAGUGUUUUCGACUCGUUUCUAAAAGCACUUUUCCUGACUGACACGGCGCGGAACGGGGCGGAUAAAUCAAUGUGCGUGACGACGCGGCGGCGCUCGGGCGAGGAGUGCGCGCGCCAUGGACGUGUUCAGCAGGCUUACGGCGCUCUUCCAACAGGCGCUCGAGGCGAGGGAGCCAUCAGUAAAUUUACUGGAGUCCUUUGUGGAACACUGGAAGGGGAUAACCAAUUAUUACAUCGAGAGCACAGAUGACACGAUUCCUGCGAGAGACACCGAUAUCCCCUGGAGGCUGAGGCAGAUGCUGGACAUCUUGGUGUAUGAGGAGCGGCAGCAGGAGUCGGAAGAGACGGGCCCUUGCAUGGAAUACCUCCUACAGCACAAAAUUCUGGAGACCCUCUGCACUUUAGCCAAAGCACAGUACCCCCCAGGGAUGAACCAGCAAGUUCUUGCCUUCUUCUCCAAGCUCCUUGCACAAAUCCAGCAGCCAGUGCUUCACAUUAUCAAUGUUUACAGGCCAGUCCAGAAAAUGAUUCGGCUCUGCGCACGGCCUGGGUCCCAGACGGAGAGAGAGGAGGCCCAGUUCCUUUUAGUCAUUUGCUCCCGGCUGAAACAGGAUCCCUACGUGCUCAGUUACAUCUUGGAGGUGAAGAAGGCUAUAGCCAGCAGUGACCCGAGCUCUACCUCAAGGGGCGAUGUGGCACAGGUUGAUGGUGGGACCUCCAGUGCAGGACAAGUGCCUUCUGGUCUCCAGCAGGAGAGCACAGCCUGUGAGAUUGCGCAGGCGGGAGACCCAGACCAGCAGUCCCAGCAUGUCUCUGAUGACACGGACCUCAUCCAUGCCUUAGUAGCCUUAACAAGAAGCCAGAAAAGCAGAGUUGCACUAAAGGCCCACGAGGGUCUCUUGCUGCUGGUGGCCUUGCCAGGCGAAGGGACGGCAGUGAGCCUGGCUGAGAACACGCGACUGUGUGAAAUGGUGACCGAGAGACUGUGCGAGCUCUACAGCUUGAUCCCUUCGUCUUUGGAUCCUGCCGAUAUCUACGGCUUUCCCCAGAUGGAGUGGAGAACCCACUUUCCCCCCAAGUGCCAGGAUGAGGAUGCUUCAUUUCCUGGCAGGGAACAGUUAGAGGACUUUCUUGUCUGGCUGGACUUUUGCAACCAGCUGGUGAAGGAGGCCCAAAUGGUGCUGUCAGUCAAAUUGGCAAAAGCCAUUCACCACCAGUGGUUUGCAGCAGUCUUGCAACCUCAGCUACUCCAGAUGUCGGAGGCAGGUAUGCUGUUGACUACAACCCUGCUGUCAUGCAUUGUGCGCCAUGUGAGUGCCCCCACCCUGCUGGAGGAGCUCGUUCAUUUCGUCCUUGGUGACCAGAGGGACCUCGAACACCGCGCAAGCCCUCAGACCUUCUCGCUGCGCCACCAUCUCAUUGAGCACUGCAACCACAUCUCUGAUGAGAUAAGCAUCGCCACACUGCGCUUCUUUGAGGAGCUCCUGCAGAAGUCCCAUGAGCACAUUCUGUUCAACCUGGUCCUGAGAAACCUGGCCCAACGGAACUACGUUGCACCCUCGCCGUCGGGCGGGUCCGGGGCCGAGGAGCGCCACCUAGCAGACACGGAGUUCUCGGAGGAGUCCGAAGAGCUGGAAGAGGACCCCUUCUUCACCGACAUGUAUCUCGAGUCCGACUUUGAGCACUCGCGUCAACUUGCAGCUUUCCCAGAGCGGCGCUGUGAGCUGGGUCAUCCCAGUGGGGAGACACAAGUGGCAAACAUUGUGAACAGUUUCCUUUGCUUAGUUCCACAAGAAGCAAAAACAUCUCAGUAUGUCAAGGGAGCAGGAUAUGAAACUUACAUACACGAUGCCCACAAAUUGUAUAAAGAGUGUAAGGCCUUAUCCUUGGAGUGGGGGUGGCCGCAGUUUCCCGAGCCCCUGGCACCACUUCCUGUGAACUCUGAUUUCUUUGAAGGCCACUUCCUACAAGUGCUGUUUGACAGAAUCGCACACAUCUUGGAGCAGCCCUACGAGCUGAACCUGCAGGUGACCUCAGUGCUGUCUCGGCUCGCUGCCUUUCCCCACCCCCACCUGCACGAGUACUUGCUGGACCCCUACAUCAGCCUGGCCCCGAGAAGCCGCUCACUCUUCUCUGUACUUGUCAGGGUAAUAGGAGAUUUGAUGCAGAGGAUCCAGCACAUCCCGAACUUCACCGAGAAGCUUGUGCACAUUCGGAAGCAGCUGAUGGGGCUGGAGUCUGAGUCAGCAAUGGAUCACGUGGCCCUGUUGAAAGGGGUUAUAGUCCUGGAAGAGUUCUGUAAGGAACUGGCUGCGGUCGUGUUUGUCAAACAUCCUGUGGAAGAGUGCUGACACUCUGUCCUAUGGGCCUUGCUGACACUGAAACGUCGUAAACCAAGGGAGUGAAUUCGGUGGCCCGACCAGUGACACCGGUAAAGAGGACUGCUGUUUCAGCUGGUGUCACGGGUACACAAGCCAGCAGUCAUGAUUUCAUCGUUUCUUACAGGUGACAACUCAGCUUGAGUUCCUGGACAAAGUGCUUCUGAAAGCUUUAAAAGAGUGAUGUCAUUGCACAUUUUUUGGUACAGAUUUAUGGGACAGAAAAGACUUCACUGGUGUGAAUUAAAAGAUUUUCUGUUUAUGUGACCUAGUUUUUAGUAGUCUUGCAUAUGAUAAUCCAUACAGAUCACAUUUUAUCUUUAUUUAUCUUUUCUAUUUAUUUAAAAAAAAUUCCUACAUUCUUAUGGCAGUCAGGUCAUGUUUAUAUUGGGUCAAAUGUUGUGGGGGAAGAAAUAAUGUGUACAGAUAUCAAAGUAUUUUGCAUGCAUCUGAGUAAAUGAUUGUCCUUAUGUUUUUAUUUUGGGAAAGCUGAUUUGAAUGCUGGUUAAAGUGUGGUUCUGUUCUGCUCUCCACUGAAUACUUAAUUAUAUACAGUAUAUAUAGUUUCUUGUGUUUAAACAUUAAAUUCCAAGUUUUUUUUUUUUUUUCCUUGACUAAAUGUGAAAUGGAUUAAUCAGAAAAACACUGCAAUGCUAAGUAUUUUUCUGCUGCUUAAAGGUAGU